GCUCAUGAAAAACCUCGUCGUCGUGAAAACAAAGAAAUCAAGAUCGAGCUCAUGGGAGGAGAAGGAGGCCACAGCCUGCGCCGCACAGGAAGCCCGAGUGGGCGUCUGUGAUGUGAGCGUCAGCUUCAGGUGGGACACGCUGUCCGUCAGUCAGUCAGAUCGUCGUCAUGGAGAUAACCACACUGUGCGCCGUGGUCGCCGCCCUGAGGGUCGACCCCGACAGAUCCCAGUUCUUCCAGUACGAGUCGGUCUCCCUGAGCUGUGGGGGGCCGGGAGCCCCCCCCGACUGGAGGGUGAGGAAGAACACGUCCACCAGCGGCGACCAAGACUGCUCAGAAGGACCCGACCCGUCCUGCUGCCACAUCGAUGACCUUUUCCCUCUGGACUCCGGGACGUACUGGUGUGAGUCGGCGGGGGGGCGGCGCGGGGAGGCCGUCGACAUCUUUGUCACCGGCAGACAUGUGACCCUGGAGAGUCCCGUCCUCCCCGUGGCGGAGGGGGACCACGUGACCCUUCGCUGCAGAACCUCGGCGACCUCCUCCUCCGACGUCUCGGCCAACUUCUACAAAGACGGGCUCCUCAUCGCCAGCAGCCCCACGAGCAACAUCACCGUCCACGCCGUCUCCAAGGAGGACGAGGGGCUCUACGCCUGUAACAUCUCUGGAGACGGAUGGUCUGCAGCGAGCCGGCUGACUGUCAGAGCAGGCCGACCCGAGCCCCCGGCCCCCACCCUUGUACAUCCUGAGGUGGGCGGCUGCCUCUCGCUGCUGGUGGUGUUGGUGGUGUUGGUGGUGGUGCUGGUGGUGGUGGUGCUGGUGGUGCUCUGCCUGUGGAGGAGCUGCAAAGGUGAAGAGCUGUCGUACACCGACGUCCCCGUGACACGGGGAGACCGCCCCCCCGCCGCCCCGACAGAUGAUUCGUCCUUCUACUCCAUGCUCAUGAUGACAAACGCCUGACAGGAAGCGACGUCCAACAAAUGUAUGGAUUUAUGGAUUAAACUGCAGAAAUC